UUCAUUAUUCGUCAGGUAAAACCUAAACCAGGAAAGAACACAUCUCUAAAGAAGUUUCACUCUCAAUAUUAUGUGAAUGGCAGUGAGUGUGAUUUGACAGGCAAAGCAAGAGAAACACAAAUCAAGGUAUUUUGCAUCAUGACUGUUUUAACUCCAAUAUCAACAUACAUAUUCUCCAGACUGAUCUCCAUACAUUUCCUAGAGAAUUAGUGACGAGAAUUAUAUUAAAGAGCUUGAAAAGGUUUUCCCUUUUGUGAUCAUGUCAUUAAAUCUUUUAAACUUUUCUCUUGACUCUGUAUUAUUAUUGUUAGAAGAAAAUUGAUUUUGGUCAUAAAGGUUUAAAUUUUUAAAACCAAAUGAUGAUGGCCAAGAAUGUCUUAAUAAGUGACAGAUAAGUCAGUAAGUUCAGUGUUGCUACUUUUCCAAAGUCUUUGCAUUUGAAACGAUGUUAGAGAUACUUCAAAAAUCGUUUUUGUAGUAAAAAACAUACACUAGGUAGCUUUUACAUACCAUCUCUUAUUUGGUCAGCUGUACAUUUGUUUUCUCAACUCUAAAUUCACCAUCAGUUCUUUAUGUUGUUGUUUAUUUAAGAUUUUCUGUGAAGAAGGCAGUGCAGACCUUGUUUUAAGAGUAGAUGAGCCGUCAUCAUGUUUCUAUGUGAUCACAGUUUACACUGGCAAGCUGUGCAAACACAGCCUGUUCAGGUCAUCAAAUGCACAGGAACCCCAGCCUAUCACCUGCUCACCUGCCCUAUCAGAAGAUCGCUAUAAGAUUUACAUCGAAAAAGUUGGUGAGUGAAACUGUUUACAGGUUACUUUUUCUGUGAGUGGUGUUAAUAUGAAUGUGUAAAAUCAGAUCUUUAUGAUGACAGAUACAGAGAAAAGUAAUUCACAUCUCUAUAUGGGAGAUUCUGAUAUUAUGCUUAAACCUACAUUGUACAUGUACUCAAAAGAGUGUCCAAAGUCAAACUAAUUAUUCCACAUUUGAUAGUUAAACAAGGGCUUGUGAUAUGAUCAGGCCUCCUGGUACGUGUGAUGAGAAUCAGAAAUUAUGCAGCAUUUUCAGGGUAACUUGUAUGAAGAGAAAGGCCUGUUGCAUGAUAAAUUACCGUAUUUUCUCGAAUAAUCGCCUCCCUCAAUAAUUGCUCCCCUUUGAUGGAACUAUUUGAAAUAAUCACCUCCCUUGAAUAAUCCCCCCCCGCCCCCGUCACCAUCUGCUCUUUUAACACCUCCCAGUCCCUGUUAAGAUGAAGGGGAAUCUGAUCCAGCAAAACUUAUCAGUGAUGAUUCAAGCUCCGAGAAUUUAUUUAAGGAACCAAAUUUGGAACACUUUAAAAGGCAAUGUUCAAUUUAUUUUAUGUGAUAAUGUUUUGAUUUAAGGGAUAAUAAAACAAAAUAUUUAACGCACGACUUCCAGUGAGCAAUAUUUGAAAUAAUCGCCCCCCUCGAAUAAUCGCCCUGGCUAUUAUUUGAGGAAAUACGAUACACACAAAUUAUGCAAUUUUUUCUCACACAAUGGACCUUUCUUUUCCCACAAUCUGCCCUGAAAAUACCCCAUAAUUUCUGAUUUUUUUAUUGCACCCUUUCAGAAGCUCUGUUAAUCCUUUAAGCCCUAGAAGUGAUCCGCUUCAAAUUUCUCAUUGUAAUAUCACUGCUUUAUAAAACAGAGUGCUGAUGAGAAUUGAAGACAUGAUCACACAAGAAGAAUCUAAUUAUUGAUACUUCAACAAAAUUAAUUAUCCCCACUACUUCUAUUGAAAACGUAUAGGGAUAACGAAUGAGAAUUUGAAUUUUGAUAUUAGUGUUUAAAGGGUUAAACAUUCUAUAGGCAAAAUAUUAAAAACAUCUUUGAAAAUUGCAGAAUCCAAGAAAAAGGCUAAAGAAGAGGCCGAGGCGGCCAGACUUCAAGCUCAGAAAGCGAGAGCUGCUGCUGCAGAUCUUGAUGCCGAAGAUGACAUAGAACAAGACGGAGAUUCCACUGUGAAAAGGAAGAAGCGAUCCAAACGUAGCCUGAUUUGGCCAUGGGAGGAUCCAGGGGUUGAAAGCGAAGAUGAAGUGUGGAUUGAUGGUAGGAUUGAGGACAGUAAGCUUGAUGUGCAUCGAUAUGACCUCACCAAAGGCCAGAAAACCAACGAGAAAGGUGAACGCUCGGAAGAAGGGCUUAGCAUCAUGAGCCAGNAAUAUCACUGCUUUAUAAAACAGAGUGCUGAUGAGAAUUGAAGACAUGAUCACACAAGAAGAAUCUAAUUAUUGAUACUUCAACAAAAUUAAUUAUCCCCACUACUUCUAUUGAAAACGUAUAGGGAUAACGAAUGAGAAUUUGAAUUUUGAUAUUAGUGUUUAAAGGGUUAAACAUUCUAUAGGCAAAAUAUUAAAAACAUCUUUGAAAAUUGCAGAAUCCAAGAAAAAGGCUAAAGAAGAGGCCGAGGCGGCCAGACUUCAAGCUCAGAAAGCGAGAGCUGCUGCUGCAGAUCUUGAUGCCGAAGAUGACAUAGAACAAGACGGAGAUUCCACUGUGAAAAGGAAGAAGCGAUCCAAACGUAGCCUGAUUUGGCCAUGGGAGGAUCCAGGGGUUGAAAGCGAAGAUGAAGUGUGGAUUGAUGGUAGGAUUGAGGACAGUAAGCUUGAUGUGCAUCGAUAUGACCUCACCAAAGGCCAGAAAACCAACGAGAAAGGUGAACGCUCGGAAGAAGGGCUUAGCAUCAUGAGCCAGAAAAUACAAAGAAAGAGAGAAGAAAGGUAGUGUUUAUGUAGCCUGUAGUGCAGGCAUUUUCUUUGGGUGCAAAAAUGUUAGUACUUGCAACCACUAAGUUGAACCACAGUAAAGCUUCGGUAAAAACGUGCAACUUGUUUUGCAAAAUUGCUGCUGAACAAGUUGUAAGUAACAAAGCUGUUGGCAACCUGAUUUGUCGCAAGACAGGUUUGAUAUGGGUGGUAAAACACGCAACAUCGCUAUUCAACUCGUUUUGCAGCGUUGUUGUGUAACAAGUUGCAUUAAUUUUCCGUACCUUAAGAUUAUGAAUUCCGAAAAACGGAGACGAGCUGAGGCAAGUCAAAAGGAGUGAGUGAGGUGGGAGGGUAGGGAGGGAGAGAAGAAGAAACACCAUUUUUUCUCCCCUCCACCUCCCCCACCUCCUUCUUUCACCCUAGCGCCCACCCUAAUGGGUUGUAAUAUUUUACUUUCCCGAAUCUUCGUCUGCCUUAAUGUAUAGAUUUACCCAGGGCUAAAAGCGAAGCUCCGGUUAAUACUUAUAAACAAAAAAAUUUAAAUCGUCUAAUGUUAAACGGGGACGGCAAUGAAAAUGGCAUCAAGAUCAACAGAUCUAAUUAGCAAAAAACCAAAUUGCACGUGCGGCACACUAUUUUUUUCUAAUUAGCAAAAAAACAAUUUUGCACGUGCAGCACGCACUUUUGUCUUACUUUGUCGUUGUUUUGCAUGACAACAACGCUGUUUUGUACGACUAAAACAUCAAACUUCCUAGUUACACGUUAUUUUUAUGGAGGAAUUGUCGUAUGUGCUUACCCAAUAUUUUUUUCCUGUGUCCAUGUUCUCUUUUAUUUUUCACUGGCCCUCAUUUACACCUUGCUGGCCGCUCCGUUCUGGCCGCUAGCAAUUCUCAUUUUCUCACCCUCUCUUUGAAUUUUCAUGUUUUUCUUCCUACGAAAUUCGUCUCCCUCGCUCUAGCUGUUUCUCUGUUAUCCAUGUGAGUGUCAACACCAAUAAUAACGUCGAAAAAGACACGACUUUGUUGUUGUUUUUUUCUUUCUAAAAGUCCGGGUGGCUAGGCGAUUUCCUUCCAAGUAAAACUCCAUGAGCGAGCAAGUUGAGGCGAAUCCUGCGUUCUGAUUGGCUACCAGUGAGCGGCGAGCAAAAUGGACCCAUCAUUUCCCGCCUUUUUCCCGCGAGAAAAAAUUCUCUCUUUUCGUCUCGCUCACCAAAUUAACAAGCUUGGUCAAUAACGCAAAUGUAAAUCUCAGUUCCAUUUGGUAUACUUGCAGCGUACAUUUAUCAUCUCUCUCGUUUCGUCCUUAAGAGGGAAUAACGUUUGAGGUUUCUGCUUUUGGAGGGUUGUUACUUUCGGGUUGUUGCUCGUCUUUGUUUUCGGGUCUCUCUUCAGUCUUUCCAUCGCUCCAAGACCCAAGGAACCAAAUUGAGUGUCAUUACUUUCGGGACUUGGUUAUGACUUAGGUAACAAAAAGUUAAACAGCCCAUUUUUCGGAAAGCUUUUUAGUAUCAUGGGGUUAGAAGGAAGGAAGUGCACACGGGCAUUGGAAGAAGAUUUCCAUGGGAAUUUUUGAGUUAACCCUUCAUGGUCUUUGAUGCUUUACUUCGUCCUCCUCGACUGAAUUGUGCUCAUUCUGGUAUGGUUUGAAAGAUCUCUUCACCUUGCACAAGUUAGAUGAUAAAAUUGUCCUUGACCUUUGAAACUGACCAUGUCACAAGCGGCUCAAUGGACGUGGUCUGCAUUGGCCGUUACAGGUGGUUCUCUAGCGGUAAAUGGGUUAACAAAAGCCUUUCUAGCGCUUUAAUCACAAUGUAUAGAUUUUUACGGUUGCAUCUUGUUCCUUUAUUUUCAUAGGAGAAAAGAAAACGUGGAGGAGAAACAGAAAGGAGAUGAUGGUGAUGAUAUAAAAGAAAACGAAGUGGAGAUAAAACAGCACGGAGAGAAGAAAGCCCAGACUGAAGAUGAUGAAGCCAAACAAAAGGAUUCAGUUACUAUAAAACAAGACAACGGCAAAGACAACAAGGAAAAAGAUUCGGUAAAAAGGCUGCCUCUUAAUACAUUAGGGACAAGAUUUCCAGUGAGAGGAUGGGGGGGGGAGAUUCUUAUUUACGAUACGCUGAUGUUUAAACCCCCCCCCCCCUCGUGGGGCUUACUGCCCUUUCAACUGAGCCAUGCCAUGGACGCCCAGUUGGAGCAGAUAAAUUUGUUAAUUUCAUCUGAACCCGUGAUAGGAGUGGAACAUAGUAUGAAAUGAUAAUGUGGGCUGCAGAAAUACAAUCAUAUCAUUUAAAUUUGNCCCCCCCCCUCGUGGGGCUUACUGCCCUUUCAACUGAGCCAUGCCAUGGACGCCCAGUUGGAGCAGAUAAAUUUGUUAAUUUCAUCUGAACCCGUGAUAGGAGUGGAACAUAGUAUGAAAUGAUAAUGUGGGCUGCAGAAAUACAAUCAUAUCAUUUAAAUUUGUACUUCCACAGUACACGUUGUCAUCUUCAUUUUAAAUAUCAAUACAUAUUCAGCUGGCUAUUUUACAAGCGUGGUAGAGGAGUUUAACGCGGGACUACCGAGAACAAAUCGGGCUAGUGGUUAGGGCGGAACUUAAUCUCGGGGCUUCCGGUUUAAAGUCCGGCACUCUAACCACUGGGCCAUGCUGCCUCCAAAUUAACCACCAUUUUGGUGAUGUCAUCUUGACUUAGUACCUGAACCAGUGUCGGUCGAAUCUUUAUUUACUCGACUGGGCAUUCCAUAGACUUUCCAAAAAGUCCUUCUUCGGAUUUCAUAUGGCGCGGGACCUCUCGCGACUUCGUCGCUCGCGGUCGGCCGCUUUGCGGCCGAAAAAGGCUCGCUCCGCUAGCCAAGAGGUCGACUUGUAGCAAGUCUAGGCAUUCCAAUAAACCAUUGCUUUGUUUUUAUUGUCCAGGAAAAAGACAGUGCAUCAGAGGAUCGUGGAGAAGACAAGGCUACCGCCCCAGCUGAUGUGGACAAGAAGAUCGAAAAAGAGGAACCUAAAAAGGAAGUUGAUCCCUUGCACGAGAAAUGGAAGGCAAAGAUGGAAGACACAUUGCGAGAACUCAGGUCCACCCUAAAAGGAAAGCUUGUCCAACUAGGAAUCGAUCCUGAAGGUGAUUCGACAGUUAACCUAUUCUGAACGUCCUACGGAUUUGACUACAGUGGAACCUCGAUAUAACGAACCUCUAUAUAACGAAGUCCUCGGUACAACGAACGAUUUUCUUUACCCCAGAAAUAGUAAAAUAUAUGAAAAAGAACUUCUCUAUAAUGACACCUCGCUAUAGCGAACACGUUUUGCCAGUCCCUUAGCCUUUCGUUAUAUCGAGGUUCCACUGGAUAUGGAUUUAGACAAAGGAAAGUUCAACCCCCAUUAUGGGCGGCUUGUUGGAAAUUUGAGUAUGAAACGUAUGGGCCUAAAAAUAUUCAUAAUAAUAACAGUAAUAAUGAUAAUUCGAUUAAUUUCGAUCUUCUUGUCCUCUAGAUUUUAUAGAGUAUCAGAGUUUGAUGUUAUUCUAAAUAGGCUUUUAGUAGAGAUAACCACAUUAUGAUGGCCUCGUUUAGGUAUAUAAGAGAUAAUGAGAGCAUAAAAACUGAAUAAUCUUUUAAAUAAGCUUCUAGUAGGGAUAAUUAUAUCAUCAUGUCUUUGCGUAGGUUUUACAGAGUAUAAAAAUUUACUAAUAUUCUAAAUUGGCUUUUUCAGUAGACAGAUUCAUAUUAUUAUGCAUAUUAGGAUUGUAUUAGGUUUCGUACCGACCUUUUUUUACUCCUAAGUAUAGCUUCCCAAGUGGUGUAGGUUACGUUAUGCGCCCUAUUCUACUCAUAAUGUGGACAACAUUCCAAAGUUUUAUACUGCGAGAUGAUAAUAAUAAUAAUAAUAAUAAUAAUAAUAAUAAUAAUAAUAAUAAUAAUAAUAAUAAUAAUAAUAAUAAUAAUAAUAAUAAUAAUAAUAAUAAUAAUACACUUUAUAUUUAAAGAGCGUUGCACUGAAUAGUUAUAAAAACUAAUAAACUUGAGGCACUCUAUCUAAAAUUAAAACGAAAAUAAGAUAGCAUGCAUACAAAGUGUAAGUAAUUCAGUAGGAGCUGUGAUACUUGUGGUCCUCUGAAAUCAGGCUUUUUAAUUUUUUUCACCUAUCUCUUGUAAUUUGUAUUUUUACCAGUAUUAGACCAGAAAUUCAAAGAAAAACUUGGAACAGCUGGGAGCGACAAAAUCUUAAACGAUAAAUCUUCAACCGCCACACGAGUUGAAUCGUCAACUGGCACACCUAAGGCGGACGGAGAAGCUGAUGACGAGGAAACAGAAGAACCCGAGGAAGAAGAAAAGCCAACACAAGAAACGGAGAAACAGAAAAAGACUGCAACAAAAGAACCGUUUUUGAAAUCCUUGACAGACAUAGCUAAGGUAUCGUAGCUUUUUGUAGUUCUUCUCUAGUGUAAUUGUCAUAUUUACUGCUGACUGAGGGGAUGCGUGAAUGGUCGGACUGUGUUCUAACUUUUGAGUCUGUAGACGAAAUCCUUUAAUGUUUCCAUUCUAAAACCUCUUUUGCAGUACUUAGUUUCGCAAUGGGAAAAUUGUUUGUUGGUAUUUUAUAAGAAACGAUCUAGGCGAAGAAUUUUGAUUCAGUUGGGUUACCAUAAAUUCCCUAAAUCACAAUGACUGUAGAGAUUUUUGACAGCUAACAGAUGAAAGAACGAUCCAAGUAGUUCCGUGUUCUGCUCAAAAAAUGACAUGCGUCUUAAACUGUCUGGUAGACGGUUUUAUAGUACAGUGUAAGUCAACUUUAUUUAUCUUUCUUGCAUUAUAUCAACAUUUGGGAUCAAAAGAUGCAAAAUUCUGUUUUGAGCAAACAUUUCAUUCGAUCUCAUCUGCUGUUACGAAAUACAGUAAGUCAGUGUAAGAGAUCAUCAAAACACGCGUGACAUCACGCUACCUCGAACACUACGAAUGGUCCGCCUGUGAUUAUUCAUUAUUGACUCCAGGAAGGAAAUCCAGAAUCCAGAGUCCUUGAGAUUUUUGCUGUGGAAUCUGGAAUCCUGGGCUUUGGAAACCGGAAUACAGCUCAAGGAAUCCAAGAAUCGAAAAUCCAGACUCCACUGACAAAGAAUCCGGGACAGGCCUUUUGCCAGUUAGUUGAUCACGUGAUAAAUUUUCUGUAAACACGAAAACAGUUCGCUUUUAAAAAAUUUUGUUAGCAUGAUCUGAAAGAACAUAUGAAAAUUAGGUAACGUGCAAAUUUUCAGCCGUAUAUAUCAAAAGUAUCUGUCGCCGAAAUUAUAAAUAAAAAAAAAAGUAAACAGAUAAGUUAAUCAGUAAAUAAAAUAACUAUAUUUGUCUAGCAGCAACCAUAGUUACAUUGCUUUCUUAUUCCGACACCUUCUCCGUUACAAUAUAAGAACAUGUUUUAUUUAUCAGGCUGAACUGGUUCUUAUAUAUAUAUAUGGUGCUUUAUGGGUCAAAUUUCAGCCUGAUGUUCUAAAUCCAUUUUUUCUUAUAUGCGGGAGUUUACUGUACUGCAAAAGGCCUAUCCACAGCGUAGAAUCCAAAAUCCAAUACUGUCUUCGCUAGGACUCUAUUUUAAUACAUGAAAUUAUCUGUACUACUAGUUCUUAAAUAAUGACAUGAUGAAAGAACUAUUGGAUGCUGCCGCCGAGACACAAGCUGAAAUGGAGAGACAGUUUAACAAAGAAAGAGCUCUAAUGAAGAGCAAUGUGGAAGAAAUGAGGGCGAAAAUCAGGGAGAUUGAAGAUGCAGAGGCGAUGAGUGAAGUAAAGAAUGAACAGCUUAGUCAAACGAUGAGCAAGAUUAAAGCGUCCAUGGAUCGCUUUGAAAAAACUAACGAGUAAGUUACUUGUACUGCGAGCUCUGACUUUUCUUAUGGAAAAAAAUGACCAUUAGCAGGGUUCAAUCCAAAAUUUAUCGUUUGGGGGAGUAGUCCCGAGUCGCCGAAAGGUCACGAACUUCUUAGGGUGGUCNGUCCCGUUCUUCGUAGGGUGGUCCGGGGGAUCCCCACCCCCCACGUAAGUUUUUUUGAAGUUUAAGUGGGCUGAGAUGCAAUUUUGUGCUUUGUGAUAUACAAUAUUGAUUGAUUAUUUUAACAAUAUGGUUAAUUUUAUAUAAAAAUGAAAACAAAUAUUGUUUUUUGUGGGAGGGGGGGGGGGAGGAGCUUCUACCCCUUAAAUACCCUAGAUAGAACCCUAUUCAGGUAACAUACAACCAAGCUUUGACUUCGUCCCUUUCCCCUUGGCGUUAUCUUGUACUAGCUUCACGAGUUAUUGUGGUUCAAGUGGUUUUAUUUUCAGCUGCACCCUACCUAAACAUAUCCCGCUCAACAGAGUAUUUACCAUUUUCACAUAGACCAUAAUGCACCUUGUUCACCCCCCCAAAUUUUGCGUAACCAUUGUCUUCGAUUUCUCUUCGGACGACUUUAAUACCCUGGAGAAAUUGGAAACAAUGGUUAUGCAACAUUUGAGGAGGUGAACAAGGUGCAAGGUGCAAGUCUGUUUGAAAAUGGUGAAUUCUUUUUGCCUCUAUAACUCUGAAACAGGGUGUAAAAAUAAAACUUUAUUUCCAGAGGAGGGGCUUAUGUUUUAGUUCAGUUUGACUCAGGGAUAGGAUGGAGUUUUUCCCCAUAUUUCCUGAUUAUUCGUGGUCAAACUCUGUUGCGAAACUACGCUCUUAUCGUCGUCCAGUGCGUUCUUCUUACGUAAGCUAUAAUGUGUACAAUUUUUUGCUGCCUGAAAAAGGUUUCCUAUUUUUAAAAUUAUUGUCAGAAACAGGGUCGCAAAUUCAUCUCUUUUUGUCUGGAACAGGUACAGUCUCAAAAGCUUAGCGGCACAUGCGCAUACAUCAGGGAGUACCCCCAGGCACUACCCCGCUACUAAUAAUAACUACAAUACUCGUCACACUUGUGUGCGUUUCCCCUUCCUCAAUGUUGAUUUGGGUAUUACAGUCGUUUCGGUGCUCCAAAAUACGCGUUACUCUGAACAUUGGGGAAGGAGAGGGGCACAUUUGAAUGAAAACAAAGGUAUGAAGAGUGAAUGUAAGAAAUUUGGAGAAAAUUCAAGAGAAACGGCUUCUGUUUCAACGAUUUUUGACGAGUAUUGUAGCCCCUCCCAGGUAUCACUUCAUGAUAGCAAGCACGGGGAACAUACUUAUAGCACAAAGUCAAGUUACCCCUUAGGAGGGGCUUAUAUUUUAGUUCAGUUUGCGAAAACUACACUCUUAUCGUUGUCCAGUGAGUUCUUCUUCCCUAAGUCAUAAUGUGCACAUUUGUUUGCUUAUUGUCUGAAAAAGGUUUCCUAUUUUUACAACUAUUGCCUGGAACAGUGUCGCAAAUUCGUCUCUUUUUAUCUGGAACAGGUGCAGAGUCUCAAAAACUUAGCGGCACAUGCGCAUACAUCAGGGAGUACCCCCAGGCACUCCCCCCUACUAAUAAUAACUAGCCCCUCCCGGGUAUCACUUCAUGAUAGCAGGCACGAGGGACACACUUGUAGUACAAAGCCAAGUUACUCCUGAUGUCUGGAAAAUAGGAAAAUUCAUUUGCAAUUGUACAUUUCUGUACUUACAGUGAGUUGGACCAAGAUAUGCAAGAGAUCAAGGAGCUUAAUUCCGAGAUCUUCAGCGUAGCUAAAAACAAGAAUAGCGGCGACACCAAGCGCGCCGACCUGGUAAAACUGUCAGUCAAGACUAACAGACUGCUUAAAAAGAUCCUGUUACGACGCUUUCAGCUGGAGCAAGAAGCGAAGUACAUCAAAACAAUGAGCAACAAGGUUGCUAAUCGCGAAGAUGGCGACGAUGUCGGUGCUACUAUAGAUCCUCGGGGGAAUGGAAUCGAUAAAGUUAUAAGCAAGUUGAAGACAAUGAUUCAUGACCUUGAUUCAACUGAAGAUAAACCGGGCGGGGUAAAUGUUUUCUUUUUUUGGUUCAUUUUCGUGUGUGUGUGUGUGUGUGUGUGUGUGUGUGUUAUUUUAUUAGUAGUCGCAUUCCCUACCCCAGAGCUCUUCCUGUUGCUCAACAGGGACUUUAAGAUAUAACGACGCGACGGUAACGAGAACGUCGCUUAAAAAGUGAAUUUGCGUUCCUUCAAUCUUAACUGCGAUUAUGCCUCCCUUUUUACUUUGUCAAAUGUAGGCGAACCCUCCUGAAGCUGAAUUUCAAGGGACCAAAUUCAAGCUCAGAAAGAGAAAUAAAAUUUCGUCGUUGCUUGUUUACUUCCUCCAUAAAACGCCAAAUUAGGCAUUUUCACGGCGUAGUCGUGCAAAAACAGGAAAGAAAUGUACAAAAAAGCGUGAUGCACGUGCGAAGUUGUUGUUUUACUUAUUAAACCAAUUGUUUUUUUUGACGUUCUCGUUGCCGUCCGCGUCGUUGGAUCUUAAAAGGGAGCUUAAGCAACGACGACGCGGACGGCGACGAGAACGGCAAAAAAGCAAUAGGUUUGAUUAGCAAAACAACAACUUUGCACGUGCAUCACGCUUUUUUUGUACAUUUCUUUGUCGUCAUUGCCCGACUACAACGUGAAAGUGCCUGAAUUCACGUUUUGUCGAGGACGGGAACACAAGACAACAACUUCCUUUUCUUUUCCUGAACUUUGAUACAGUCCUUUAGAAUUCAACUCCAAAAACAUUUGCCAACAUUUGACGAAGUAAACGAGAUGGAAUAAGCGUGAUAAAGUUUGAAGCAGCGCGAAUUCAUUUUUUAGAUGACGUUUUUGUAGCCGUCGCCGUCGUUGUUGCUUAAGCUCCCUUUUAAGUCCCUAUUACCAAGGACUAGAAUGGCCCAGGCGAACCCUGGAAUAUGCGCAGUCGAGACCCCAGUCUCUGGUGACGAUAUUAGAGAGCUAAUGCAAAGGCUUUAAUGAGCGAUGCACGUCAUCCAGAAGUGAGGGCUUUUUCUCUUUUCAUAUGCCUUGACGCUGCCAAAUUUGUAUUGCUAAGUGUCUUUACUCUUACCUUACUUGUAUAGAAGAAGUAUUUCAGUUUUGCUGCUGCUUGUUCGCGGAAGAAUUUUAAAAACGUUACGACAAUAGACCAGGAGAAACUCCAACUCGAACAAAGUUACGUUUGGAACCCAUGACUACCAGAAUAAUUAUGUCACCACUGAUUUACCUCAUCAGUAUGAAAUUUCUAGAGACUUAAUGAUCGGACGACGCGAUGGCAGCGAAAACGUCGCUUAAAAAGUGAAUUUACGUUCUUCCAGUCUUUAUCGCGAUUAUUCCUGUCCAUUUACUUCAUCAAAAGUAGGCGAACCCCCUUAGAGUUGAAUUCCUAGGAUCCCUAUCCAAGUUCAGAAAGAGAAAUAUAAUUUCAUCGUCGCUUGUUUACGUCCUCCAUAAAAUGCUAAAUUAGGCAAUUUCACGUCGUAUUCGUACAAAAACGGCAAAGAAAUGUUGCCGUUCUCGUUGCCAUGGCGUCGUCGGAAGUCCCUUCUGUUGUUGAGACGCAGACUUCUCUCCCACGAAACUUCACGAGCGGCUUAGCCUGUUCCAGGUGUUCAGGGACGGCGAGAUGAGGGAUAUGGGGUGGGAGCGAAGUUCCUCAUCUCUCCCUCUACUUCUCUUCCUCCAUAUUUCUUUCCCGCUCUCUAACUUCGCUCCGCCCUCCACUAUCGGAACGCCUGGUACAGCGGGGCUACUAGCGGCGAGGAGCGAGGAGAGGCGGCUGUAUUCGCUGCCUACCAUCUGACUAGACCAGGGCCGGGUUCCUGAAAGGCCGAUUAGCGCUAAUCUAGGAUUACCAUUUUGUUCCAUUUUUGUAUUUAGCCUUUCUAUGUAUUG